AUGAAUAUUUGCGACCCCAGCCCCACCUACAACCCCAAUGGCACCUUCUCCACCACUCUCGCAACUGCCUUCGCCACUCUCCAAACCACCACCGCCGCCACCGGCUUCUCAACCACCACCAUCACCAACCCCACAACAAACACCUCCGUCACUGCUCUCGCCCUCUGCCGCUGCAACCUACCCACACCCGACUGCCAAGCCUGUGUUGUCGCCGCCUCUUUAGGUAUCCGCAGCGUAUGCCCGAACAACAUGGCGGCGGAAGUCUGGUACACCAACUGCACCCUCCGUUACUCUCCCAUUAACUUCCUAAACCAAUCAGACACCUCCAUUGCAUUCCAAUUGUGGGACGCGCGCUACGCACCGAACAAUUCCUCGUUCGACCCCAAAGUCAAUCUGUUACUGGAAAACCUGUCGCACACCGCGGGUGCGUCCGAUAAGAGGUCUGCCGUGGGGAGGACCACGCUGGUCGGGAGUCAAAACAUCUACGGGUACGUCGAUUGCACUCGAGAUAUUGACGGCGGAGAUUGCACCACGUGUUUGUUAGAUGUCAUCAAUUUUAUUCCGUCGUCAGGUUGUCUUGGGCACUGGGCCGGGUGGAUUGCCACUCCCACGUGUAAUAUUCAGUUCGAUAUGGACCCAGUCCAUGAGGACUGGGCUGAUAACCCGCCUUAUAUUAAUACGGAUUCGCUCGUGGGACCCGGGCUUUUCUCGCCAUCAGAUAAGGGUGGUUUGGGUGGCAGCGGAGGAGGCGGCAAGGAGUGGAUUGUGGUGGUGGGGGAGGGAUGGUGGUGUCAUUUGCCGGAAUAG